AACGAAACGCUGCCCGGUCCCGCGCCAUCCCUACAAUCGUUGUUAUGCUUGAGCUCAUUGUUGCAGCCGCUGCAUCAGUCCACCUCAUUGAGGGCCUUCCUCUUUUCCGCUGACCCUGUACUCUGCCAAGCAUGAUGUCCUUCUCCAGGAACUGAUCCCUCCUGACAACAUGUCCAAACUCAGCUUUGAACAGACUUUGGAAAGCGGAGAAGAAAAUCAAGUCUGCUUUUGGGGGAUAUCGGACAACCGAAUAAAUGCAGUAUCUAAACAUAAAAGAGGACUGCAAUGCCAUGGCUUUCUGUGCUAAAAUGAGGAGCUCCAAGAAGACAGAGGUGAAUCUGGAGGCCCCUGAGCCAGGGGUGGAGGUGAUCUUCUAUCUGCCUGAUAGGGAGCCCCUCCGGCUGAGCAGUGGAGAGUACACGGCAGAGGACCUGUGCAUCAAGGCUGCGCAGGAAUGCUGUAUCUCUCCUCUGUGUCACAACCUCUUUGCUCUGUACGAUGAGAACACCAAGCUCUGGUACGCUCCAAAUCGCACCAUCACUGUUGAUGACAAGACGUCACUCCGGCUCCACUACCGGAUGAGGUUCUAUUUCACCAACUGGCACGGGACCAAUGACAGUGAGCAAUCAGUGUGGCGACAUUCUCCAAAGAAGCAGAAAAAUGGCUACGAGAAAAAAAAAGUUCCAGAUGCAACCCCUCUCCUUGACGCUAGCUCACUAGAGUAUCUGUUUGCUCAGGGACAGUACGAUUUGGUCAAAUGCCUGGCUCCCAUCCGAGAUCCCAAGACAGAGCAGGAUGGGCAUGAUAUCGAGAAUGAGUGUCUGGGAAUGGCUGUCUUGGCCAUCUCACACUAUGCCAUGAUGAAGAAGAUGCAGUUGCCAGAACUUCCCAAGGACAUCAGCUACAAACGAUAUAUUCCAGAAACAUUGAAUAAGUCCAUCAGACAGAGAAAUCUCCUCACAAGGAUGCGAAUAAAUAAUGUUUUCAAGGAUUUCCUAAAGGAAUUUAACAACAAGACCAUUUGUGAUAGCAGUGUGUCCACGCAUGACCUGAAGGUGAAAUACCUGGCUACCUUGGAAACUUUGACAAAACAUUAUGGUGCUGAAAUAUUUGAGACUUCCAUGUUACUGAUUUCAUCAGAAAAUGAAAUGAAUCGAUUUCAUUCAAAUGACAGUGGAAACAUUCUCUACUAUGAAGUGAUGGUGACUGGCAACCUCGGAAUCCAGUGGCGGCAGAAACCAAACGUUCUUCCUGUUGAAAAGGAAAAAAAUAAACUGAAGCGGAAAAAACUGGAAAAUAAACACAAGAAGGAUGAGGAGAAAAACAAAAUCCGGGAAGAGUGGAACAACUUUUCUUACUUUCCUGAAAUCACUCACAUUGUAAUAAAGGAGUCUGUAGUCAGCAUUAACAAGCAGGACAACAAAAAAAUGGAACUGAAGCUCUCUUCCCACGAGGAGGCCUUGUCCUUUGUGUCUCUGGUAGAUGGCUACUUUCGGCUCACAGCAGAUGCCCAUCAUUACCUCUGCACUGAUGUGGCUCCCCCAUUGAUCGUCCACAACAUAGAGAACGGCUGUCACGGUCCAAUCUGCACAGAAUAUGCCAUCAACAAAUUGCGGCAAGAAGGAAGUGAGGAGGGGAUGUAUGUGCUGAGGUGGAGCUGCACCGACUUUGACAACAUCCUCAUGACUGUCACCUGCUUUGAAAAAACUGAGCAGGUCCUGGGUGGCCAGAAACAGUUCAAGAACUUUCAGAUCGAGGUACAGAAGGGCCACUAUAGCCUGCAUGGCUCGGACCGCAGCUUCCCCACCUUGGGAGAGCUCAUGGGCCACCUCAAGAAGCAGAUCCUGCGCACAGACAACAUCAGCUUCGUGCUGAAACGCUGCUGCCAGCCCAAGCCUCGAGAAAUCUCCAAUCUGCUGGUAGCUACCAAGAAAGCCCAGGAGUGGCAGCCCGUCUACACCAUGAGCCAGCUGAGUUUCGAUCGGAUCCUCAAAAAGGAUAUUAUGCAAGGCGAGCACCUUGGGAGAGGCACACGGACACACAUCUACUCUGGGACCCUGAUGGAUUACAAGGAUGAUGAAGGAACUUCUGAAGAGAAGAGAAUAAAAGUGAUCCUCAAAGUCUUAGACCCCAGCCACAGGGACAUUUCUCUGGCCUUUUUCGAGGCAGCCAGCAUGAUGAGACAGGUCUCCCACAAACACAUCGUGUACCUCUAUGGUGUCUGUGUCCGAGACGUGGAGAAUAUCAUGGUGGAAGAGUUUGUGGAGGGGGGGCCCCUGGAUCUCUUCAUGCACCGGAGAAGUGAUGCCCUCACCACACCAUGGAAGUUCAAAGUCGCCAAACAGCUGGCCAGCGCCCUGAGUUACUUGGAGGAUAAAGACCUGGUCCAUGGAAACGUGUGCACUAAAAACCUCCUCCUGGCCCGUGAGGGCAUUGACAGCGAGUGUGGCCCAUUCAUCAAGCUCAGUGACCCUGGCAUCCCCAUCACUGUGCUGACCCGGCAAGAGUGCAUAGAACGAAUUCCAUGGAUUGCUCCUGAGUGUGUUGAAGACUCCAAGAACCUGAGCGUGGCCGCCGACAAGUGGAGCUUUGGAACCACACUCUGGGAAAUCUGCUACAAUGGCGAGAUACCCCUGAAAGACAAGACACUGAUUGAGAAAGAAAGAUUUUAUGAAAGCCGAUGCAGACCAGUAACGCCAUCCUGUAAGGAGCUGGCUGACCUGAUGACCCACUGCAUGAACUACGACCCCAACCAGAGACCUUUCUUCCGAGCUAUCAUGAGAGACAUUAAUAAACUUGAAGAGCAGAAUCCAGACAUUGUUUCAGAAAGAAAACCAGCAACUGAGGUGGAUCCUACACACUUUGAAAAGCGGUUCUUAAAGAGGAUACGUGACUUGGGAGAGGGCCACUUUGGAAAAGUUGAGCUUUGCAGGUAUGACCCUGAAGGGGACAAUACUGGGGAGCAGGUGGCUGUCAAAUCCCUGAAGCCUGAGAGUGGAGGCAACCACAUUGCUGAUCUGAAGAAGGAAAUAGAAAUCUUAAGGAACCUCUAUCAUGAGAACAUUGUGAAGUACAAAGGGAUCUGCACAGAAGAUGGAGGAAAUGGUAUUAAGCUCAUCAUGGAAUUUCUGCCUUCUGGAAGCCUUAAGGAAUAUCUUCCAAAGAAUAAGAACAAAAUCAACCUUAAACAGCAGCUAAAAUAUGCUGUUCAGAUUUGUAAGGGAAUGGACUAUUUGGGUUCUCGGCAAUAUGUUCACCGGGAUUUAGCAGCAAGAAAUGUCCUUGUUGAGAGUGAACACCAAGUGAAGAUUGGAGACUUUGGCUUAACCAAAGCAAUUGAAACUGACAAGGAGUACUACACAGUCAAGGAUGAUCGGGAUAGCCCUGUGUUUUGGUAUGCUCCAGAAUGUUUAAUUCAAUGUAAAUUUUACAUCGCCUCUGAUGUCUGGUCCUUUGGAGUGACUCUGCAUGAGCUGCUGACUUACUGUGAUUCUGACUCCAGUCCCAUGGCGUUGUUCCUGAAAAUGAUAGGCCCAACUCAUGGCCAGAUGACAGUAACGAGACUUGUGAAUACAUUAAAAGAAGGAAAACGUUUGCCAUGUCCACCUAACUGCCCCGAUGAGGUUUAUCACCUUAUGAGAAAAUGCUGGGAAUUCCAACCAUCCAAUCGGACAACUUUUCAGAACCUUAUUGAAGGAUUUGAAGCACUUUUAAAAUAAGAAGCAUGAAUAACAUUUAAAUUUUGUUUUUCAUCAGAUCCUCCCCCCGCAACAAAUACCCAAGCCAUUUAAAGAUAAAAAAUUUUAAUAGGCAAAGUUUCUGUUAGUCUAAAAACUCACUCAGCAAGUACCUGAGUGUGAAUCUGUGUAGAAUAAGGUAAAACACUGUGGUGCUUAAUAUGUGUAAGGACUUCCUCUUCAAACUUGGCACCAGUGACUCCAGUGACAAUCAAAAUAGUAGAAAACACGUAAGCACUCCUCCUUUCGGAAGGAAUGUAUCACCAUUCCGUGUGGCUAGUUUACCAUCACUCACAAUUACCUGCCAAAAUGGAAUUUUUCAAAACAAGAGGGAGUGGACCAAAAUAAUGUCUCAAAAUUAUUGCCUUUUCCCAGCUGUCAGUUGAUCCGAAAUGUUUUUCUGGCACAUAAAGAUAAAGAUUGACAAACUUAGGAUACUUUCACAUGCCCUCAAAUUUCAGUAUCUGUACAGUGAUAGACCAAGCAUUCUUGAAAUAUUAGACACCAGUUAGCAUAUUAUUGUUUCUAUACAAAGAUAAGCGUAUUCCUGUCACCAGUAGGAAUUAAACUUUGAAUCAUUUCUCCAGUGGCUUAGCUCCUGUCCCCUUGGAUGACCUGCGGUACCCAUUUUUGAGAAAACUGUUUGUGUGCAAGGGGACAGCCGUGGAAUAGAUAACUCUGCUGCAUGACAUUAACUCUUGAGAACUAAGCCUGUGUGCCUGUGCUUCCUAAGCAGUAUACCUUUAAUCAGGAUUGAUCCCAAGAACCUGGAUGCUAUUAAAUGUGCUUUAAAGAAACGCCGGUGUAUAUCCUUUUACAACUCUACCACUUCGGGGCGAGCUGUUCCAGCAUUGGUUUUGGAUGCUGUACGCAACCAGUCAGAACAUAUACCACGUACAUUGCACUGUUCUUAGAGUGUUUUGAAACUUACCUUCCAUCUCCAAGAGUCGAUGACUGUUUUGACCAUCACCUAUGACACAAAACUUGAAAGAAGAGGCCCAGCUAGAGGCACUGUGGAGUUCAGGAUCCACUGAACAGUUUUUGGUUUGCUUGGAGGUAGCUGGGUAAUCAGAAAUGUUUAGUCUCUGAUUCAGUGUGAACCAUAAAGCUCUUUCUGACCAAGAGUCUGAAAAACUUUUUGUUAAUGCUGUCUAGCAUUUGUUCAGUAUCAUUACUUUCCACCUUUCUAGCCUGGAAAAGUGUUCAGAAUUGAUUGAAUGGCAACAAUAAACUUGCCAUUUAAACUUGUUUGAUAACCCGACAUCAUCAAGGUCUCUGUUUAUUGUCAAACCUGUGGCCACUCUAUAUGCACUUUGUUUACUCUUUAUACAAAUAAAUAUACUGAAGACUUUA